AUGGCUCCCCUCAAGAUUCUCAUCGCCGGCGGCGGCAUCGCAGGCCUCUCCGCCGCCGUGGGCCUCCGCCGCGCCGGGCACGAGGUGCACGUCUACGAGCGCUCGGCGCUCAACAACGAGAUCGGGGCCGCGAUCCACGUGUGCCCCAACGCGGCGCGCGCGCUGCUCGCCUGGGGCCUGGACCCUGUGAAGGCCAAGUUCGUGCUGGUGCGGUGCAGCUUCCGGGCCAAGGGCGACACGCUGGAGAAGUUCCACGUUGGGACGGAGGACUAUAUCGAGGAGAGGUACGGCGCACCGUGGUACUUUGCGCAUCGGGUGGAUUUGCAUGAGGAGUUGAAGAGGCUGGCGACGGAGGUUGUUGAGUUGGAGAACGGGACGAACGGCGUAAAUGGGCAUGUGAAGGGCGGGCUGGGAAUGCCUGCUACUGUGCAUUUGCAGAGUGAGGUGGUGAAAUAUGACCCCGAGGGAGCGUCAAUAACGCUGGCCUCCGGUGAGGUCGUCACUGGAGAUGUUGUCAUUGCCGCUGACGGCGUACACACAAUUGGCGUGGAAGCUGUCCUUGGCCACUCCAACCCAGCGGUGCCGCAAGGCCAUUACAACUUUUGCUUCCGCUUCCUCAUCCCAGCCGCGGAUAUCGAGGCGGAUCUGGUGACCAAGUUCUGGACUGAAGGCGACGAUGGACGGAUGAAGUUCCUAGUGGGAGACAAGAAGCGUCUCGUUUCCUACCCUUGCAGAAACAACGAGGAGCACAACUUUGUGGCCAUCUUCCACAACGACGACAUCGAGUCCACUAAGAAAGAAGACUGGCAUGCGUCUGUGGGCAAGGAGAAGCUUCUCGAGAGAUAUUCUGACUUCCACCCGAGUGUGCUUGCCAUCUUGGACAAGGCCACCGAGGUGAAGCAGUGGGCUUUGCUGUACCGAGCCCCCAUUCCUUCAUGGACGAAGGGAAAGAUGACUUUGGCGGGCGACGCUGCCCAUCCCAUGUUGCCGCACCAGGGCCAAGGAGGCGCCCAGGGCAUCGAGGACGGAGUGGCCCUCGGCAUCGCACUUGCUUCUGCCGAAGUCAGAGACGUCGAGACCAGGCUGCGCGUGUACGAAGACAUCCGCAGAAACCGCGCCAGUGUCAUGCAGAUCUUCAGCAACGCGGGCCAGGAAGAGCCGGAGCUCAUCCGGGAGGAAGCGUCCAAGUUCAUCCCAGCGGACAGGGUGCCGAAAAAUCCCGAGGAGUUCUUUGCGUACAACUUUGGAUACGACAUCAUCCGGGACAGCGUACAGCAGGUGCAAAAGGUAGACGCGUCGUUUGAGCUCCCGGCGUCGUUUUUCCAGAAAGCGCCCGGGAAGGGUGUUUAUCCGUAA